AUGUCGUGCUCUCAAAUGGAGACUAUGUUGGCGGAUAUCGAUCAAUCUAUCAUUGAUAAUUACCAUCAACGAGUUUCGGAGAUGACGGAAGAAAAUGAAGAUCUUGGUGGUAAGUUUUAA